UGAAAACAUUUCAUACGCUUACCUCCUUGAGUUAACACUAACGGAAAAUAAUUUAAAAGAAAAUAAAUUCAAACGCAAAAAAUUUUAGUACUAUAUCUCUAGUAUGAUUUACGCUUUAUUUUAUUUUAUGAAAUAAAAAAUAAACCUAUAAAUAUUUUUAAAAAUUAAAACAAAUAAACAAAUAACGAACCAAACCAUAAAAAACUGUUAUAAGAAAAUUUAAAAAAAAACAAAAAUAAAAAGCUUUUAAAAAAGGUGUUAUUAAAAACAGCAAAAGAAACUACAAAAAAUCUGUGCCAAAAUAUUUUAAUAAAAAAUAAUUUUGUAACAAAAAAAAACAAUAUUCAAUUAAAAAGUAAUUGAGUAAAAAACUAAUAUAAUUUUUUAACAUACUGCAGCGGUUUGUAUUGGAGCAAUAAAAGCACAAUAUUUGUUGCUAUCAUUAAAACUGAGAUAUAUUGGAGCAAUUUUCAUCAGCACACUGUAAUUUAACAAAAUGGGAACUAUUGAAAAACGUACAUUUUCAUUCCGUUUGAGAAGAUCGCGUGCCGGUGAUGGAGGCAGCACAAACUCGCGCAAUAGCAACAACAACAGCAGCACCUGUACCAACAACAAUCGCUGCAAUUCACCCCUGACACCAACCAGUGUCAGCAUGAAACUGGAAGUGCCCAAUGCCACGGCUUCAGUGAGUCGGCGCAGCAGCAUUUAUAGAAAACCCGACAAGGAUGACAGUGGCCUCAUACAUAUCAUACGUGACAUUGACUUGCCCUUAAUGUCCUUUACGGAUCAAUAUAAUAUCACAAAGAUCUUGGCCGAAGGUUGCUUUGCCAAGGUAAUGUUGGCCACUCAUAGACCCACUCAGACUGAGGUGGUGUUGAAGGCCGUACAUGCCGAAUUGACUACAAUGCAAGAAUUUCAAAAGGAGUUUCACUUUAACUACGAAUUGUCUCAUCAUCGUCAUAUCUUGAGUGCUUAUAAUGUGGCUUUCCAGACCAAGGAUUAUUAUGUGUUUGCCAUGGAACAUGCGGAAUAUGGCGACUUGGCCUCAAACUUGGGUCCCAAUGGUCUGCAUGAGAAUGCCUGUAAAAUGAUCACCGAGCAAUUGAGUUCGGCUUUGGGUUUUAUGCAUUCGAAGAAUCUGGUUCAUAGAGAUUUGAAAUUGGAAAAUGUUUUGGUUUUUAAGCCCGAUUUCAGUCGAGUUAAGUUAUGCGAUUUUGGAGCUACCACCAAAAAGGGAGUUUUAGUGCACAAAGUCAAACACACUUGGACAAACUUUGUGCCGCCUGAGGUUUUGGAAAUAGUUAAGAAUGAACGUUUCACCUGUUUGCCCUCUAGUGAUUCUUGGCAAUUUGGCAUUUUAAUGUUUCACAUUUUAACAGGCAGUGCUCCCUGGAAUGCAGCCGACUGGGUUAAGGAUGUCAAGUACUGCAAUUUUAUGAAGUAUGAACAACGCAAAACUACCAAAAUUCCUGAUAGUUUUAGAAGAUUCUCGGCCAGACUUAUGAGAUGCUUCCGCAAAUAUUUAUCACACGAUCCAGAAGACAGAUGCAAAGUGACCGAGGUUUCCAAGUACAUGAAAGAUAGAUGGGUGGAAUGCCGUAUUUCUACUUCCAAAUCAGCCACGCUAAUUUCUCCCAGUCCUGAUCAGGAUUCCUGCAUUUAUCUGAAUCAAAGAGAGGGACGCAAUUCAGCCGAUGAGAACAAAUCCCGCCUUAAACGUAUGAUGUCAAAUUAUGGCCUAGAUAAUCCUCUCGAUCAAAAUGCCGUGCGCAAGAGGGUGCUGGAUUGGCUGGCCACCUGUGAUAAUAAUUUUGAUACCGAAAUAGAGAGUCUAGUAGUGGUAGAUGUAGCGAAUUAGAUAAUUUUUAAACCUUGCUCAUUCUGUUUAUAAAUGAGCGGAUCCACAACUAUUGAAACCAAAUGUCAAUUACGACAAUAAUGUACACACGUUUUUAAAGUCUUUCUUUUUAAGCCAAAGUAUCUUUUGAACUUUUAAUACUCGCCCCGAUAAAAAACAUUUUACGAAAUUUUAAAAGCAAAAUUUACUUUAGAAAGCUUUGAGUAAAGCUUUAAAGCCUUAACGAUUGUUAGAUAAACUGUAAUCGGAAAUCCGAAUACCCACUAUAUUUACCUAUAUAUAUAGUAUAGACGAAACAAAUAUCAGUAUAAAUUUUAUACGAAUUUAGAUAUUGAAAAGCAGUGUUGCUCAAAAUUUCUAAAAUAUUGAUUACAAAUCUUUAGCACUUAAGACAGACAAACGGGAUUUGUGUGUUUUGCUGAGAUUUAGCUAACAAUUAAAGGUUACACUGUUAAUUAAUUUGUAGUUUUUUAGGUUUCUUAAUUUAAUUAAAUUAUAAAACAGAGCUGGUAUCUUUUAGUGCAUAUACAAAUUAGCUCUAUAAAUAAAAUAAUUAAAACAUACUUCCAUUAAUUACUUCUUACUUAGUAUGUACUCGUAUGUAUAAGAAUAAUUUUUAAAAAAAAAUAUUUAAAUAAUUUUAUAAAAAGAUUUUAUUAUUGUUCUUUUAAUCUAAAAUAGUAUUAAUUAAUUAAUAUUUAUUUGUAUAAAUGUAGUUGUAUGUAUGAGUUAUUAUUUACCUAAAUAUUGAUAGAUACUAAUUUAUUUAAUAUAAACAUUUGUAUUUGCUAAAUACAAAAAAAAUACUUGCAAAAAAUAAACAUUAGAAA